CGCCCGAUUUAUCCGCGUCCGGGCGGCGGAGGGCGAGCCCGCGUGUCCCUGCCGAGCCCCGCGCCGGUCCCUCCGCAGCAUGUCCGGCCCCCGCCUGCUGGCCGCGCUCUGCGGCGCGCUCCUGGGCGCCUCGGGCCUCUUCGCCGCCUCGGGUGACUUCUGUGACUCCAGCCAGUGCCUCAAUGGUGGGACCUGCUUGCUGGGCCAGGACGACCUCCCCUUCUACUGUCUCUGCCCUGAAGGCUUCACUGGCCUCAUUUGCAACGAGACUGAGAAAGGUCCCUGUUUCCCAAACCCCUGUCAAAACGAUGGCGAAUGCCACGUGAUCGACGACUCGCACCGCGGGGACGUGUUCACCCAGUACAUCUGCAGCUGCCCUCGCGGCUACACGGGCACCCACUGUGAGACCACCUGCGCCAUGCCGCUGGGCAUGGAGACGGGCGCCAUCGCCGACGCGCAGAUCUCCGCCUCGUCCGUGUACUUCGGCUUCAUGGGGCUGCAGCGCUGGGUCCCGGAGCUGGCCCGCCUGCACCGCACGGGCAUCGUCAACGCUUGGACGGCCAGCAACUAUGACAAGAACCCCUGGAUCCAGGUGAACCUCAUGCGGAAGAUGCGAGUGACAGGCGUGGUGACGCAGGGUGCCAGCCGCGGGGGCACUGCUGAGUACCUGAAGACUUUCAAGGUGGCCUACAGCGUCGAUGGGCGCAAGUUCCAGUUCAUCCGGGAUGCAGGGGACUCAAAAGACAAGGUGUUUGUGGGAAAUGUGGACAACAGCGGUCUGAAGGUCAACAUGUUUGACGUCCCUCUGGAGGUGCAGUACGUGAGGCUGGUGCCCGUUGCCUGCCAUCACGGCUGCACCCUGCGCUUCGAGCUCCUGGGCUGUGAGGUGAAUGCAGGAUGUGCUGAACCACUGGGCCUGGAGGACAACAGCAUCCCCGACAGGCAGAUCACUGCCUCCAGCACCUACCGGACCUGGGGCCUGAACGCCUUUAGCUGGUACCCCUUCUACGCGCGGCUGGACAAGCAGGGCAAGUUCAACGCCUGGACCGCCCAAAGCAACUCUGCCUCCGAGUGGCUGCAGGUCGACCUGGGCUCCCAGAAGCAGGUGACCGGGGUCAUUACCCAGGGAGCCCGAGACUUCGGCCACAUCCAGUACGUGGCAGCCUACAAGGUGUCCCACAGUAAUGACGGCGCGAACUGGACUGAGUACCGGGACCAGAGGGCCGCAGACAGCAAGAUCUUCCCUGGCAACUUGGACAAUAACUCCCACAAGAAGAACAUGUUUGAGACGCCCUUCCUGGCUCGCUUCGUGCGCAUUCUGCCUGUGGCCUGGCACAACCGCAUCACGCUGCGCGUGGAGCUGCUGGGCUGUUAGGGGUAGGCCAGACCGAGGCCACUGGGAGGGCCGUGGGGCACCUGCCCCUUCUCUGGUCCUCCUGGCUUCUGUGGGCCUGCCGCCUCCUCCACCCUCCCUCCUGAUUGUAGCUAACCUGGUGGCGCGGGUUCCACCCUCCCUCCUUCCCUCCACCUCCCACAUGCCCCCUGCGCCCAGCCCUCCUGCCAUCCCUUGUUGAAGGCGCUGUGGGAGGGGAGGAGGUCUGGGAUGGACAGGGAAGGGCGAAGUAGGGCAUGUGUGACCUGCACCUCUCAGACCCCCGAUUCCAGCCUCUGUCCUCCCCAGCCCCUCUCCCACACCUCACAUUCCAUGGCCCUGGAGGAAGGCCCUUAGGCGCCAGGCGGGAGAUAAUGGCCUCCUGCCCCUCAGCCCUGACGCGUGUUGCUGCCACUCCUGCUGUUGCCACCUAGCCCCCGACACUUCCCCUCCUUAUCUCCUUGGAGCCCCUCUUGACCCUUGUCCUGAAGCCUAGAAAGAGACCGGAAGGGGGUGGGGUGGGUCCAUGGAGAGAGGGGGAGGAGGUGGGUGGGCAUGGGGGACCCUCUGUGCUGGUUGUUCACCCCAGAGUACACAGGCAGCUUCCAAAAUAUAUUUAUAUCACCCCCUGGAA